AUGAGGGCUGUGCUCUGGGACCUGCUGCUGCUCUGCCUCUUCGCCCGGGUGCGGGGCGACUGCCGGGGGGACUGUCUGCAUUGCGACCGCCAACUCUACCGGGACAGCUUCGACGUCCUCGUCUGCAUCCUGGAGUGCGAAGGCGAAGCCGUGCCGCGGGCCACCUGGGAGAUGUGUGCCGCCGCCAGCCGAGCUGCCCCACGGCCCCGUGACCUCCAGGACGCCGGCGAUCCCUGGCACGUGGCGGCGGUGCCGGCGGUGCCGGUGAGCCCGCUGCAGGUAAGCGAGCUGCUGCGGCGACGGGAAGCCGAAGACGAAGGCGUCGAACCGGCGCCGGGCGCCUUCCCGCAGCCACCUGAGGACAUUUCCCGACGACUCGGCGGUUUCCCGCGGGGGACGCGUGGCUCGUGGCCGGCGCCAACGGCCAGGGGGGUGCAGAAGCGAUACGGGGGCUUCAUCGGGGUCCGCAAGUCAGCGAGGAAGUGGAACAACCAGAAGAGGUUUAGCGAGUUCCUGAAGCAGUACCUGGGCAUGUCGCCCCGCUCCAGUGAGUACGACAUUGCCGGCGGCAUCAGCGAGCACAACGAGAUCUAA